CCACCAUGGCGAUUGGCCUGGCAGCUCUGGGGCUCCUCGCUUUCCUGCUCGGGAAUUUUGCCGAACCCCAAAACUCGGAGCCAGCCGCCAAGUGCUCCCUGACCGGCACCUGGAACAAUGGCCUGGGCAACAACAUGGAGAUCAACAGCGUCAGUGACACGGGGGUGUUCAGCGGUGUCUUCUAUACGGCACCAGGGCGGUACUCCAUUCAGAUCUUUAAAUACCGGCUGCAGGGCAUCCAGCACCAGGGGCUCCAGCCCACCUUUGGCUUCAGCGUGAGCGCGAACUUCGAUGAAUCCACAUCCGUCUUUGUGGGCCAAUGUCUGCUGGACCAGAACGGAAAAGAGCAGCUGAGGACAACCUGGCUGAUGCGUGAGAAGGUUGGAUCCGCGGCAAAGGAUUGGGGGGCGACCAUGGUUGGCUGGUUCACCUUCCACCGCAUAGAGUGA